GUACCUCCACGCACGGAUUGAGGAACAGUCUCCAGGGCUGAAGAUUCAACAGGAGCAGCAGAUCACAAAGGUUGCCCGGGGUCUGCUUGGGAGGUCGUUCUCUCUCUCAGAUUAUUAAAGAGAGAGGUUACGACAAUGCAGCACUCGCCGCCAGGACGCGAACCCUCCUUCCACUCUCUGUCUGCCGUCUCGCCAGAUUCCUACUCACACCCACCAACACCAAGCAAGCGAUUGCCGCUGUGCAGUUUUGAGAGGGCCAUGACAGCGUUCAAAGGGAUCUGGACCCAAUCCUUCUGGAGGGCGGUUUCGGCCGAGUUUCUGGCCACACUCAUCUUCGUACUUCUCAGCCUGGGCUCCACCGUCGGGUGGGGUGGUACGACUGGACCUGUGGACGUCCUGCUCAUCUCCCUUUCCUUUGGAUUCAGCAUUGCCACCAUGGUUCAGUGCUUCGCCCACAUCAGUGGGGGCCACAUUAACCCUGUGGUGACCGCUGCCAUGGUCUCCACCAGGAAGCUCAGCCUAGCCAAGGGAUUCUUCUACGUUCAGGCACAAUGUCUUGGUGCCAUCGCAGGAGCAGGGAUCCUCUACCUCAUCACGCCACCGGACGUUAGGGGUGAACUAGGAGUCACCACGAUUAAUGAGAAUCUCUCUGCCGGCCACGGGCUGUUGGUUGAACUGCUUAUCACAUUCCAGCUACUGUUUACCAUCUUUGCCACGUGUGACUCCAAACGUGAUGAUCUCAAGGGCUCGUCAGCGUUGGCAAUUGGUCUCUCUGUCACCAUUGGACACAUGUUUGCUAUUAACUACACCGGCGCCAGUAUGAAUCCUGCCCGAUCAUUUGGACCUGCGGUUAUUACUGGGAAAUGGGAAAACCACUGGGUUUAUUGGGUAGGUCCAACAAUAGGUGGGAUUAUUGCUGCUGCUCUCUACGAAUAUCUGUUCUGUCCAGACAAGGAACUGAAGAGCCGUUUUAAAGAUAUCUUCAAGUCUACACGGGCUUCCGGGGCUAAAUAUUCAGAUGUGGAGGAGAGCAGGGGCCAAGCCAUUGAGUACGAGGAUCUGGCCAUCAGACCUGGAGGCUCCCAGUUUGUGGAUGAAGAUAAACAUGAAGAAAAGGAAGAUAAGGCUGAAGAACGUCUGACUCCCGUAUGACUAGCAAAGGGCAUGAAAAACCAAGAGAUGACUUGUGAAAUCUUGACUGUCAGUGUUGUCCCUGUAAAGGAAACUGAUCUUUUGUAAGCACAUAGUGCUCUGUAACUCUUUGACAACUAGAACAAGGUUUACUUCAUUGUAAGGAUGAUAUUAGUGUAAUACCUAAGGGGUUUGAGUGGCACAAAAUGGUAUCUGAUUUCUUUUCAAACUUAAUUUUCACCCAGUCCCAAUGUUGGUGAUGGAAGUUUAAAGGAACAGGAAGGAAUUAUGUGUUGUUGUGAUCAAAGGGAUUUUGGUCCACAAAGGUAGAACGGCUGGCUCACAGCUCCAGUGACCUGGGUUCAAUCCUGACCUCUUGCGCUGUCUGUGUGGAGUUUGCACGUUCUCUGUAUGACUGUGUGUUUUCUCCGCGUGCUCCAGUUUCCUCCCAAAAAUGUGUGGG